GUCCACAUUAGGAAGGAAGAGUGUAAAGUGGUCCCUUAGGGUAGAGGAACCUGUCUCCUCUGGGUGAUAAUCCACUACAUGCUUCUUUUGCUACAUUUGCAACUCCCUUUCCUCUCUUAUCUUCUUCUUCCUCUCCUUACUAUUAAUAUCACUUUCGUUCCUAUCUAUUUACUGAACUAGAACCUCCCCUACCAAACCUUAUUAAUAAUUUUUUUUUUUUUUUCAAAAUUCUCCAAUUCUUGAUUCCUACAUAUACACACACUCUUCCAAGUUUCAAGAAACUGAUUCUUGAUCUUUCUUUCUUGAAUUUUGUUACUUGAUAAUAUAUGUUAUUUAUCAAGAAACCAUGCCUCGCUUUCCAAGAAUGCUUACCAGCCUCGACUCUACUCCGGUGGCCGACCCACCGGAGGCGGUCAACGUUGAGUCAGACUUUGUAGUAAUAUUGGCUGCUCUUUUGUGCGCAUUGAUAUGUGUGGUUGGACUUAUUGCGGUGGCUCGGUGUGCUUGGCUCCGCCGUGGCAGUGGAGGCAGCACUUCUCGUUCCACGUCGCAGGCUGCUGCUGUUGCUAAUAAAGGGUUAAAGAAAAAGAUUGUCCAGUCUCUCCCUAAGUUCACGUACGGCGCCACCGCUGCAGGAGGCGGUAGUUCUUGUAAGUUUGCGUCGACAGAAUGCGCAAUUUGCUUGGGUGAGUUUGCUGAGGGAGAUGAGGUCAGGAUUUUGCCACAGUGUGGACAUGGUUUCCAUGUUGGAUGCAUUGACACGUGGCUUGGGUCCCAUUCCUCCUGUCCUUCUUGCCGUCAGAUCUUGGUGGUGGCUAGAUGUCAGAAAUGCGGCCAGUUUCCUGCUAUCUCCUCCGGCCGCGGUGGACCUGCGGCUGAGACUAAUUGCAAGGGCAGAGAAGACAAUAACAAUAACAAUAACAACAACAACAAUAGUAAUCAAAACCAUAAUGUAAUUGUUGGGUUUCUACCUUGACAAAGUCUUCAAUUAGGACUUUGGCCAUUUCUGUGUAUUGUAUAGCUUACAUUAGAGGUUUUGCAAUGCAUAUUAUUUUCUUUCCUGGAUAGAGGCGAAAGCCAAUUACAGGCAAAAGAAUCUAUUAGCAUGAGCUUUUUCCUUUUAUUUUUGUGUAAAUGAGAGAAUUUGAAACCAGUUCUUGAUUAACUUGAUCGACUUGAUUGAUUUGAUCGCA